AUGACAUUAAGUGAAUUAGAAGAAGAAGCACGUAAACGUAAAGAACGUCUUAUGCAAUGGAAACUUACCAAACAAAAUCAACUCGCUAAACGAAAAGAAUAUGACGAUGAUGACGAUGAAGAAAAACCUAAAGAUUUACAAGAAGAAAAUAUUGAAUUUCCCAAACCAAUAUUUCGGAAUUAUAAACCAAGUGAUCCAGCACAAUUAUCAGGUGCUAUUGUAUUACCAAAACCAAAAUUAAUUGAUGUUAAAUCACUGAUUGACGAUCAAAUAAAAACUAGUAAAUCAAGUUCGAAUGAAAAUAAUGUUAAUGAUGUCACAGAAGAUGUUGAUUUAUUAUCAUUAGCACCACGUAAACCAGAUUGGGAUUUAAAACGUGAUGUUGAAAAAAAAUUAAAACGUUUAGAAAAACGUACAACACGUGCUAUUGCAGAAUUAACACGUGAACGUUUAUUAAAAGAUCAAAAACAAUCAUUAGCUGAAGUUGUUGCAACAACAUCGAAAUUAAAUGAAGCAGCACAAGAUGAUGACGAUUAG